AUGGCUGAGCGACACCUGUGCAGCUCAACGCUCUAUGCGGAGGACGUGCUUCGUGGUGGGCAUUCCACGGUGUGGGGCUCCUACUUCGAUGCAACAAGUCGCCGUUGGGGCUAUGCUUGCUGCCGCAGUCUGGACCGGAAUGAGGCGUGUCCUCAAAAUGAACCUCAGGCGGUGGACAAGGCGGAAAGCUCCGAGGAGGAGGAUGCUGCAGCACAGGCGCAGCUCAUUGCCUGGCAGGACGGACAGCUGCUGGAUGCGCGACACACGCCAGAGCAGCCGCCGGUGCUCGGGCGACAGACGCCAGAGGACUUCCUCGCUCACUUCGUGCUGUACUGGUUUCAUCAUUGGACCGAGCACGAGAACCCUCCCAAGGCGCAGCGGCAGACGACGCACGAGGCGCUGCUCCAGCUGAUGCAGCGCUUGAAACGGAAGGCUUUGGAUCGCAGCUUGCUCCAGCACCUGACGCAGUACGCCGACCUGGCGCAGCGCCGGGAAUACGCGCAGGCCGACGAUGUUUAUGUGGACAUCACCAUCGGCAAAGCGACUUGGCAUUCCCCCCUUGGACUUGGGAGAACAACGAGCGCAUUGGGGACAAGGAUGUAGUCUCAGGACCAUGCAAAGACAGGUCGUGGAGAAGGACGUGAAGAACGCGAGCGCCUUCGACACGGACCCUUUGGUGCGGAGCUUCGUCCAUGCGCUCAAGAGGAUGGUGACCUACAUGCAGACCGUGCAACCAAGCGCGGACCCCUCGAAGCAGGGCCACGUGCCAGCGCCCAAAGCCAAAGCAGAUGAGGUCGGACUGCCCGUGAGGCCCGUCGUUGUCAGUGAACACCGGUGGUUUCACCGGUGGCCGAGAUGCAGAGAUACAGCUGGGCAGAGCGGCGGAGAGGUGGAG